AUGGCAGAAACUUACACUCAGAGGGCCGAAAAGCAUGCGUCUCCCGUGGCUCUGCGUCUUUUGCGUUUGAUGGAAGCUAAAAAGUCCAACUUGUGUGCGUCUGUUGAUGUUUCAACCACUGCAGAAUUCUUGGCUCUCAUAGACAAGUUGGGUCCUUUCAUAUGCCUCGUAAAGACACACAUUGACAUCAUUGACGACUUCUCGUACGAAGGAACCAUUGUCCCUCUUUUGGAGCUCGCCAAAAAGCACCAGUUUAUGAUUUUCGAGGACCGCAAGUUUGCCGAUAUCGGGAAUACAGUCAAAAAACAGUACUCCGGUGGAGUGUACCAGAUUGCUAAAUGGGCGGACAUCACCAACGCUCAUGGAGUCACCGGCGCUGGAAUUGUGCGUGGGUUGAAAGAGGCGGCACAAGAAACCACACUGGAGCCUCGUGGUCUUUUGAUGUUGGCCGAGCUCUCUUCCAAAGGAUCUUUGGCCUACGGCGAAUACACCAAGCAAACUGUGGAGAUCGCCAAGUCCGACAAGGAUUUUGUCAUUGGAUUCAUUGCCCAGCGCGACAUGGGCGGUAAAGACGAAGGGUUUGACUGGUUGGUGAUGACCCCAGGUGUUGGUCUUGACGAUAAAGGAGACGCUUUGGGACAACAGUACCGGACAGUUCAGGAGGUCGUUUCGACAGGUACCGACAUCAUCAUUGUGGGCCGUGGAUUGUUUGGAAAAGGCAGAGACCCAACAGUAGAGGGGGCACGUUACAGAGACGCUGGAUGGAAAGCUUACACGGAGAGAUGUGCUAAUUAA